UCCCCAGUACUGACUGACUGGUGGUUCAGGAGGGUUGUGGUAUUCAGUUGCUCGUGUGAUGGUGACAUAGAGCACCCCACGGAGACUCUGUAACUCUCUAAUCUCAGUGUCGUGACGGGCAGUGCCGAGUCUCUCCGCUUCUCUCUCUCACUCACUCUCUCUACCUAUCUCCUCUAGACGGGGGAGAUCUCUGUCUAUCUUACACUGUUCUCCUUUCCUCUCUUAAUCUACUCGCUGCCAGGUUCCUUUGGCACUCUGGAGAACUACUUUCCCCUGCCAGUGACUGACACACAGCCCGCGCUGCUGUCCCCCGGAGGCACGUGUUUGUUUAUGUUUGUGUGUGUGUGGUGGUGAGUGUGUGUGAGGGCAGAUAAUGCAGCGGUGUGGAGGCUGAUGACCUAACUGCUACAGUGGCCAGUUAACUCGUCAGGGUGGUGGAUACCAGUUCCCAGCCUCGUUACUCGUCAAUGCGGCUACCGGCACCAACUUCGUAGCAUGACGGGCCGGGUUGCGGCCAUGUUGGAGAGCGUGGUGGUCGCCAUACUUGUGUGGACGUCUUCAGUGCUGGGGCAGGAUCUUCACCAUACCUCACUAAGUCACUCUUCCACCCACCAUUUGCUUCCAUCUCUUAGUGAAGAUCUAAUCCUUCUGUCCAGUCAUGAUGCGACUCGCUAUUCUGACUUGAGUCCCGUUCCUACGCACCUCUCGCUGGACGAGAUGAGCAAAACGCCCUAUAGGGGUAGUCAGGCGAAGCCAACUAAAGUUAUUGAUCAGUCACCAAGCACAACUCCGGUGAUCCUGACCCAUUAUGAUUCACACCAAGCUGCGGAAUUGGAUCUUAACCCUACACAGGACUUGCAGUCUGCAUCAAUCACGCACCUCCGUCAUAUUCCUAGUCUAUCGUCAUCACCGGAUCUAAACCCUAUCACAAACAGUAUUAAUCAUUCCAUAACAAGCCAAGUACUAGUCCUAUCAAAGACUGAUCGCCUCGUAACUAGAGAGAGUCAGGUCUUGAGUCCUUCUUCUUCUGAUUAUGUCAUCCGUUCGUCUGUACCUCCACUUGCUACCUCCCAAGUCGAACCUUCCCUCCCCAUACUCGACGGGGAGGGGAAGGUCUCUGCAACCCCAACUAACGCAGUCACCAUCACCACAACUGCAACUCAAGUGCCUCACCCCAACUCGACGGCUGGCGAUGGUGCCUCCCCAAUGCUCAAGAGAUCCGUUGACAAAGAAUCGGCCACUCUCACACAAGAAGAGUUCAACAGUAUCUUAACUAGGUUCAGCUUGGAUGCUCUUCAAGCAACUCAAAUAGCAGAGCGUUUGGGCUUGGCAGGAGCUGGGGUGGCAGAGCUAGAGCAGGAGCUGAUGCUUGGAGGAGAUCUGCAAGGCCCUGGAGGGCCUAAUGAUAGACCCUUAGCGCUGCCACUAGACCGGAAUAUACGCACUACACCUCAAAGAAGUCUCGGAUCAAGCAUCACACAUGCCACCAAGCGACUCUUCUUGGGCGACCCAUCUCUGUGCUAUGCAGGAUCCUGUGAAUUUUUCCUCCUCUGCUGGAUGGGUGGAGGCUUGAUUGACGGAGGCUGUGGUGGAUUCCUCUUUGCAUGCUGCAACCGACCCAACCAGAGAGGACAACGUGGUCCGGAGUCAUUCAGAGAUGACAGUGUGGGUCUUAUUCCAGUAGAUUAUGGCCCUAUCCGUAAUGAUCAUGGCUGUGGUCUUAGUACAAGUAGCCGCCUGUCUGCCCAACGUAGGAUUGUUGGUGGUACCGAGGCUGGUUUCGGUUCCUUCCCGUGGCAGGCAUACAUCCGGAUUGGCUCCAGUCGAUGUGGAGGAUCACUCAUCAAUCAGUAUCAUGUGGUGACUGCUGGCCAUUGUGUUGCCAGGGCACGACCUCACCAAAUUCGGGUAACCCUUGGUGACUAUGUUCUUAACUCAGACCGGGAGCCACUUGGCCCACUUACGUUUGGAGCUACAGAGAUAAAGGUUCAUCCAAAGUUCAAGUUCACACCACAAGCCGAUAGGUUUGACGUGGCAGUAAUCACACUGGAUGCGCCUGUGCACUACCAGCCUCAUGUACAGCCUAUAUGUCUGCCAGAGAAAGGAGCAGAUUGGCUAGGAAGCUAUGCCUGGGCUGCCGGAUGGGGAGCAUUACAAUCUGGAUCACGCCUACGACCCAAAACUUUGCAGGUUGUAGAUGUGCCUAUCCUGGAUUCUCGCCUUUGUGAGGACUGGCAUAGGCAAAAAGGCAUCAAUGUCAUUAUAUAUGAUGAAAUGAUGUGUGCUGGGUAUGGUGAAGGAGGUAAAGAUUCCUGUCAAGGAGACUCAGGAGGGCCACUCAUGAUACAGGAUGGGGGACGCUGGUACCUGGCUGGCAUUGUGUCUGCUGGGUAUUCAUGUGCUCAGGGCAAACAACCGGGUAUAUACCACAAAGUGUCAUACACGUCUGACUGGAUCUCAUGGGCGGCCAGUACCUAGACUAGAAGAUACAAAUCAGCAAUGAUGGUUUCCUAAGGACGCAGUCAGGAAAGUCAUCGACUUGAGAAUGGUCCAGGACGGACCGAAACGUCGUCGUUCCUUCAAUUUCUAGUGUGUGGUCUGGUCAACAUACGUCAGCCACGUUAUUGUGACUCAUCGCCUGCAGUCAGGAAAUUAUGACUUCAUCAAUUUUAUUUAUUCUGAAAACCACAAGAAGCAAAAAAGGAUACAACUUGUAGAUAAAUCUAUUUAAAUUUAUCUACAAUACUCAAGCUUUUCAUAUUUAACGAGAGUCCAAAUUAGAUAAUCUAUCGACUGGGGAUGUUUUAGGAUAAGACUGUUGUAGCUGACCUAAAACCUAUUUAAGGAACUUCAUUGUAGGAACGCUACAUUGAAGCUUCUCUUCAUUCACCCUGUGAUACCACCUCAUAUUGAGCUAGGUCCAUAGAUGUGCCUAUACGUAUAUAUAUUUGCACAAGACUAUAUGUAUUCAUAAUGUAAGAUUUUAAAUACAUUGUGGGUUAUUAGUUAACAAAAUGCUCAUUACUAUUAUUAAAAAAAAACAGUCAAGGAAUGUAAAUAUUAAGGUAUACUAUAAUACAGUUUCCAGUUUACAAUGGUUCUACAUAAAAUGAACAUUAAUGUUUUGUUAGCAACAAUAUUUGUUUAAUUUUUGUGACAUUUAGAAAAAAAUAGCUUUCCUGCAAGCACAGUAUUGCCUAGGUUCAACCGUCACCAUCAGUUGUUGUACAUAGUAAUAAGAUAGUGUUCUUGUGCCAUUGCUGCUGUGGCAAGCUGUAGGACUUCUCAGGGGAAGAUAUAUUAAGUUUGAUGACAAUUUCCAUGUUAUUGACUAUAUAAAUGUUGAUUAUUUCUUUAAUGAAAGCUUACCAAAGAACUAUGAAAGCAAAGUGGCUUUGUUAAUUAUUGGUAAAUAGAUUUAAGUUCUUAGUUUCAAGAAUCAAUAGCUCUGAAUCAAAGCAUUCUAUUAUAACAGAAAAGGGAUCAAGCACACAUUAUACAUUAUUGCAAAAUUUAAAAUAUGCUAUAUUCAGAGGCAACUUUACAUGUUUGUAAAGUUUGCUUUUGUUAGGCUCUUGUUGAAGGCCUGUUUUAAAAUGCUAUAUUGUACUGUAUAGCAUUUUCUAUUGUAUGUGUAUUAGGCGCUGUUUAUUAUGUAAAUUAUUAGCAAGAGAACUUGGUCCACACAAACGUAUUCCACCAUUGAUUAUACAGUAUAUUCAUACUAAAUAUGUAUGUAUAUACAACUAUAUAUAUAUACUAAAUAUGUAUGUAUAUACAACUAUAUAUAUACUAAACAUGUAUG